AGCUCCCCGGCCUGGGAGUGGCCGCUCUAGGCAGCGGGGAGGGCGCAGGGUUAAGGGAGUUUGGAGACCGGCGCGGCCUCUCCUCUAUGGUCGUGGGCCGGGGGCACCCUCCUCCGCAGGCAAAGCUAGGUUACCUCCGGAAGUGAAGCCGCAACCUCUCCCCCCGCUUCCGCGGGGAUCCUGGCAGGGGGCGAUAGCAGGGACGGCUCCGGGAUGAGCUCGGCGGUAAGUCCACUCGUGAGGGACCACUUUUAUUGCACACUUCCUGUGUGCCGGAGCUGACGUUGUCCUCUUACUGCUCAGGCCAGUCCUGUGAGAUCCGCGUGGGUAAAGCCAUUGCUUCUUGACGCCCACGUGAGACUUGAUUUAAUGAUGCUUCACAGCCAUUUUCCGACUCUGACAUUUUCUGUGUCUGUGGAGCCCCUUAGUUGCUGAGAGAUGGAGCAAUUGCCACAAAAUGAUCUGAACACAGAGAGCCACAGGGAAGAUGACCCUGUCACGAGCACUAGCCCUCAGAUUUCUGUCAGUGAAUUCUCCUGCCACUGCUGUUACGACAUCCUGGUUAACCCCACUACCUUGAACUGUGGGCACAGCUUCUGCCGGCACUGCCUCGCUCUGUGGUGGGCCUCUUCCAAGAAAACAGAAUGCCCAGAAUGCCGAGACAAAUGGGAAGGUUUCCCCAAAGUCAAUAUUCUCCUCAGGGAUGCCAUUGAAAAGUUAUUUCCCGACGCCAUUAGAAUGCGAGUCGAAGACAUUCAGCAGAAUAAUGACAUCAUCCAGAGUCUUGCAGCCUUUCAGAAGUACGGGAGCGAUCAGAUUCCUUUCGCUCCCCACACAGGCCGAGCGCCUCAGCAGAGAGGCGGGGGAUUCUUUUCGGGUGUGCUCACGGCUCUAACUGGCGUGGCAGUGGUCCUGCUGGUGUAUCACUGGAGCAGCAAGGAAUCCGAGCACGACCUCCUGGUCCACAAGGCAGUGGCCAGGUGGACAGCGGAAGAAGUUGUCCUCUGGCUGGAGCAGCUGGGCCCCUGGGCCUCUCUCUACAGAGACAGGUUUUUAUCUGAAAGAGUAAAUGGCAGGUUGCUCUUAACUUUGACAGAGGAAGACUUUUCCAGGGCGCCAUACAGCAUAGAAAAUAGCAUCCACCGAAGAGCCAUCCUCAUGGAACUGGAGCAAGUCAAAGCACUCGGCGUGAAGCCACCCCAGAACCUCUGGGAAUAUAAGGCCGUGAACCCCGGCAGGUCUCUGUUCCUGCUCUACGCCCUCAAGAGCUCCCCCAGGCUCGGCCUGCUGUACCUCUACCUGUUCGACUACACGGACACCUUCCUGCCCUUCAUCCACACCAUCUGCCCUCUGCAGGAAGGCGGCUCCAGCGAGGACAUCAUCACCAGGCUGCUGGAUCUGAGGGAGCCCACAUGGAAGCAGUGGAGAGAAUUCCUGGUGAAAUACUCCUUCCUUCCGUACCAGCUGAUUGCCGAAUUUGCUUGGGACUGGCUGGAGGUCCAUUACUGGACGUCACGGUUUCUCAUCGUCAAUGCCAUGUUACUCUCAGUUCUGGAAUUAUUCUCCUUUUGGAGGAUCUGGUCAAGAAGUGAACUGAAGACUGUGCCUCAGAGGAUGUGGAGCCAUUUCUGGAAAGUGUCCACACAGGGGCUUUUUGUGGCCAUGUUCUGGCCCCUCAUCCCUCAGUUUGUGUGCAACUGUCUCUUUUACUGGGCCCUGUACUUUAACCCAAUUAUUAACAUUGAUCUUGUGGUCAAGGAGGUCCGACGGCUGGAAACCCAGGUGUUGUGACCACUGCUGCCCGGGCUCCGAGGGACUCUUCCGCCUCCCCGCUGGCCCAGCUCGGAUGCUCAGGCGUAGGAGAGAGCGGGCUUCCUCCGUUCUGCCCCAAGGACACGAGGUGCUGCUUGGUCUGUCAGAGGCUGCAGCCGCCCCUCUCUCGCUCUGCCUGUGGCAGCAGCGAUCGGCGGCCCAGAGCGUGGCCAACACGGCAGCAGCACUUCCCACCCAGCCGCCCUCCUCGCAGGGACUCGGGAGGCGCAGCCCACGACAGCUGGCAAGGACCCGGGAGGACCCGGACUGGGUCGCAGUCCCCCUUGCCCUAACCUGUGAUGGGCAAAAGGCUCCUGGGGCACGUCGGAGACCUGAGACCAAGCCCAGGGCCAGCCUGUCCUCUAGGUCAAGUUUAGGAAAACAGGAGGUUUUAUCAUAGGCAUAGGCAGUCGCACAUAAAACGUUCAGAGGAAAAACCAAAAUCCAGUCAACAAUCCUGUCUCACUGAAGAUGGCUAGGAGGUCUCAGGGGGAAACCUGAAAAAGGAUUCCGUUUCAGACGAGGAUGACGGCUCCACUUGUCAUCCCUGCUUGCUGCUUGUAAUCGUGGAAAGUCGGGAACCCUUUCUCGGAAGGGAUUGAGUGGGAUGACAGGCAGCUGAUGGAGAGCAGUUCACGUCAGGCUGAAGUGCCUCAGGGCUACCCAGAGUUGUUGUUUUGCGGGGUUGGUUGUUGUUUUGCUUUUUGAUUUUUUUUUUUUUUCUUUGUCCACACACACAUCAGGCGGAAGUUCCCAGGCCAGGGAUCAAACCUGCGCCGUGGCAGGCACCCAGGCCCUGCAGUGACAGUGCUGGAUCCUUCACCUGCUGUGCCAUAAAGGAACUCCUGCGUUGUUUAGUUUUUAAGGAUCCAGUCUAAAAAUCCAGGCUAGUCCAUUUGUUUAAGGAAACAUUUUGUACAUUGACCUCACACUGUAUAAUCUUUAUUAUCCUAUUCUGAUAUGCCAAACAGCAAGUGUAACUACACCAAGUGCUGUAAUUGUAGAUACGAGAGGAACUAUGGCCUUUGACUUCCUUCCAGUGUGACAACAGCAGGUGUGAAUUGUGAUACAUCUGAAGACUGGCCCUGCAGAGAUGAGCUUGCAUCCAAAGUGUUUUUUGGUGACUCCAUGAACUAUUCAUUAACCCUUUGUAUCUUUGACGAUUUCACCCCACCUUUACAUCUGAAAGUUUGAAGAAAUUACCUGAAACUAAAAUAAAGAUUUAUAUAUAUAUACAUAUACAUAUACAUAUAUAUACAGAUAAAAUUUCUCCAGAGAGAAAAAGUAACUGUUUAGGAAAGAUAAAGAAAAUCUGCACCACCCAGGACAACCAGCUAGUCACGAUUAAGUCCCCCAGCCUGAUGCGGACCUUGGGCUGAGGAGCCACCCAGGGCGGCUUGAAUGAAAGGAGGGGAAUGUUUUUCUCCCUCCUUUGUUUGCUCAUCUGGCCCAAGGCUGCCCGACUUGACCUUUUCACACUCUAACCCUCCAGUCACCCUGACAGACCCUGCAGCACCUGCACCUCCCUGGCCCUGCAGGACUGUUUCCUUCUUCGAUGAAGAGAUGGAGGCCGGGUGGCGCUGGUGGACCUGGGCCCGGGCCGGACUCCCGAUCCAGGGCUCCCCACCUGCACCCGUUGGCCUCUUCACAUUGCUCCCACCCGCUCCCCAUGUCAUGCUGCCAAGAUAAGUAAUACCCACCUACGCUUUGGGGAGGAGCAGCGCAAAGCCAGCUUGGCCUGGAGCAAACAGGCGGGGCUAGACACUCCCUGCUUAUCACCUGCACAGGGAACAGGCCUGGAGAGUGAGGGCCACAGUCCGCCCCUCAUGCCUCUGGCCCCUCAUCAGAGCAGGCCUGGGUGUGUCCAAUAUUCAGACCCUUUGAUGCAAGAAUUGCAUUUAUAUACAUCUCAGGUAAAGAAUAAUGAGGAGGGAGGGCAGAGAUUUAUUCACAAGCAUCCUCAUCACAUCAAUAGUUGAUAAAAAUAGGAAAUAGCACCAGUAUCCAAAAGCUAGUAAUACAACCAUUUAAAAUGAAGUUUCCAAAGUUUUUUUUUUGUUUGUUUGUUUGUUUUUUAACACACGGAGAAAUGGGAAAAUUAUGAAAAUCAUAUGGUAGAGAGCUACAGUUUUAAAACAGAUGAGAUGAAUGUACAGCACACUAGGAUGCUAAAAGUGGUUAUUCUGGACUGUGGGAAUUUGAUUUUUUUUUUUCCUCCCUUGUAUUUCUCUCUCUUCUUAAUGAUGAGCAAUCAGGAAAUAAGUUUAACUGCUGAGUUACAACAGUUAACAGUUGAGGUGGAGCAGGAUAGGGAAACCGUCUCGAGCUCACAACUGCCAGACUUGAACUUCACAAGGUUGGACAUCGUGUGGGCCAUCUUGUGUGUUGCUUCAGCCCAGCCCCGAAGCUCAGCCCUUUUCAUCAAGAUGGAACCUCAAAAGUGGUACCAAACCCAAGACAGUCGUAAAUACAGUUGGGGCUUUACAAAACAGGCAUGAGACUUUUGACAUUAAUCAAAGUGGAAACUAAACUGGCUCCAGCCCCAAGUUCCAGGACAGCAGAGAAAGCAAACAUUAGGGCUGCAGCUUGAACACUUGGCCUCAGUUCCCUUCUGCAAAGGACUGAAUAAGACUCUUGAUACGCAAAAAGGAGUUUUAUUUCCUUGUGCAAAAAAGACAUUUCAAGUCAGGCUAGUCAGUCACAUUUGGGUGAGUCCUUCUCACACAGAAAACGGGGGUAGAAGAGGUACUUGAUGGUGUACUCGGUUUGGGCUAAGCAGUAAGCAACCGCCUGGUCACACUUGCACAUGAGUUCUUGACAUUUGUCCUGCGCUGGUCCUAGAAGAAGUGGGGAGAGUGAGGUUAAGGCAGGGACUUGCAGUGACCUGAGGAUAAACCAGUCAAGCUGGAGGCAAGAGGGCCAUAAAUUGCAUCCGGGUGACAGUUCCGAUGUGAUCUGCAUCAUCGAGGCAAGUCCAGAGGGAGGAGAUGUCUGCCCCAAUUUUACAGUAAAGGAAAUUGAAGUUGCCAGGGAAGUGCUUUCAGAUGGAAGUCCCAAGUCCAUAUGCCUUUUGGCUUCUGCAUCAGUAUUAAACCCUUGCAUGUGAGGAUCCGUUUAGAUAAGCAGUAGACGCCUGGGAACCAUCAGGCUUUUUUGGAACAUCUGCUUUGCUCCUUCCUAGCUGCGUGAUCUUAUCUGAACGUUCUGAGCCAAGCCCUCGCUUAGAUGGGGACACUGUCCACUUUGCAGGUGACUGGGACGCCUGGGGGAGAAAGCCCAUGUAAAGUGCCCUGCAGGGGCUUGGUUGGCCCUGGGGAGGCAUUCCAUCUACAUUGCCUCCAUCUGCAUUUCUCUGCCUUUGUUCUCCAAGUCUCUUGCAGAUGCUCCUUCAAGAAAAGAGCUUAUUCCCGCAGCCAAUAUAAUAAAUACCCCAACGGUGAAAAGCUGAAGGCCUUCCAGAUAAAAUCUGGAAGAAGACAAGGAUGCCGACUUUCAAUGCUUCUAUUCAACAAUGGAUUGGAAGUCCUAGCCAUAGCAACCAGUCAAGAAAAAGAAAAGGUAUCCAAACUGGAAGAGAAUAGGUAAAAUCGUCCCUAUAUGCAGAUGACAUGAUACUAUCUAAAAAAAACUCGUUUUCAGUAACAAUCCUGUAUUCCAUCUCUCCCUUCCAUCCUGGCCCUGCCUUACACAGAGACAUAAAGGUUGCCAUCCAAAGAUAAA